AUGAAGAAGGAAUUUGAUGACUGGUUUAUCGAGUCUUUGAAAAUAUACAAUAAUAUUCAUGAGUAUCAACUUGAACAUCCUACAAGAGUAAUUGAGUGGACCGCAGAAAAAACUAUCUGUGUCGCAGGUUACAGUUUAUCAAAAAAUGAAAUUUUAGAACUGCUUUUGCCUCUGAAGCUCUUUGCUGAUGACAAUCAGGGUCUUUGUGGAGAGCGAGAUUUCAAACUGGUCCAUGGAGGUUUUUCAGAUGGCGCCGUUCAUUGCCAUAAACACAUUCCAGGAACAAGAUGUGUCGUUACCAAUGAUGGCUUCAGCUCCAAGCUCCUGGUGUGGGACUUAGGAGGAGAUGAUUGUGAUGUCAUAAAGAGUACUGGAGACAUACAACUAAAGAGUGCAUCGUCAGAUAAAGGUGUCAAGGUAGCCUCCGGAAUAACUGGAAACCCCUGCAUUCUUCAUGGCUCUCAGAUCAGCGAUAUUCAACUGACUGAGCUGACGUCAGGGAAACCACUCUACUCUGUAGAAACAGACAGUCCAGAUGCACUGAGCUCCCUGCAGUUUGUGAGUGGCAGUGUAUUUCUCGCUUGUGCCUGCAAUGGUGACCUGUAUGUGGGGGACACACGGAAGCCUUCAGCUCUUCAGCAAACCCCAGCUGGAGGGAGAGAGGGAGCCCACUGGUGUAUGGGUGUUAAGACAGACCUGUUGUCAUCAGACCCAUUCUCCUGUAGUGUAGCACGGCUCUCCUCCUCCUGCCAAGUGUUUGUGUCUGAUCUUAGGGACCUAAGAGCCCCCGUGAGUAAAGCCCAGCUUGAUGUCCAGAGGAAAACUACCGAUAAUGACUUCAUGAAGGUGACAUGGGCGCCAGCUUUAGACAACUGCCUUGCUGUUUCAGGUUUUGAUGGAAUGGUGCAAAUCUACAACACUGCCUCUUGGAGACCAGAGUUGGUGGAAUUCCAGCCUCUUUUUGUCCACCGUGGUCACAUGAUGUCUGAUGAUCAGUUUGACACUUCAUCAGCUGUGGUCACCACUCAUGUUUGGCAUCCAAGUCGACCCAGGACUGUCCUCUCUGCUGCUGUAGACGGGUCUGUGCAUGUAUGGGACUGGGUCGACAAAGCCACUGCCAGCUGUUGACAUUCAAACAAACUUACAGUUCAAUGUUAAUCAUUAUGCAGCUUUGGACCUUGCCUGAAAUCUAAAUAUUUUUUUCAUUAUGUAAAUAUGUAAGGAAAAAUAUCCUCUGUAAAGCACAAUUUAUUGUGAUGGGAUAAGAUGUAAAAAUUACACUGUUAUGAGUAGUUAUUCAAUGCUAUGAGUAGUUGUUCCACGCUAUGAGUAGUUAUUCCAUGCUAUGAGUAGUUUUUCCAUGCUAGAGUAGUUAUUCCAUGUGUAACCGAUGUGAAAUGGCUCGUUAGUUAGCGGUGGUGCGCGCUAAUAGCGAUUCAAUCGUGUGACGUCACUCGCUCUGCGACCUGAAGUGGUUGUUCCCCUUGCGUUGUAAGGGCCGCGACUUUUGUGGCGCGAUGGGUAACGAUGCUUCGUGGGGUGUCAGUUGUUGAUGUGUGCAGAGGGUCUCUGGUUCGAGCCCAGGUUGCGGCGAGGGAAGGAAGCUAUACUGUUACACAUGCUAUGAGUAGUUAUUCCAUGGUAUGAGUAGUUAUUCUUAUACUGUACACAAAGUUGCAUUAUUGAUAAGGGAAUUUAUAUGUUAAAGUAUGUUAAAGUAAUGAUAAGAGAAUCUGAAUGACAUUAAGAGUAAUGACUAAAGUAUUUCACCCUAAUAGUUACAGAAGCUUAGACAAUGUGUUUAGACAUAAUACUAGAAUAUUGUGAGACAGUGGGAACAUUGUGUUUGUGUGUGAUGAAGAGGAACUGACAACAGACAUGUUUUGGUACUGUGAGACCAAGGACAGGAGAUUAGGUUCCUCCACCCAGGGAGGAACAGAUGCGCUUGUAGACUUGUAGGCGCUUGUAGGAGUUAUAUAAAAGGCUGUGCGCAUUAUAUGACUUUAGAACGUUCUCGUGAAUAAAGAACCAACCUUUUGCAGAA